ACCGGGCCAUUAUUAUAGCUCAAGUGCCACCACCACCCUACCGCCCCGGACGAAACGACUCCUCGGCGGCAUGUCUUCUCCUUCCUCAGCCCAUUGGCUGAGCCUCGUCGGCAGCAUCUGGCUCCAGACCAUCAACGGCCCCAACUCCGACUUCCCGGUCUACUCGUCGCAGCUCAAGGAGCUCAAGAACAUCUCCCAGGUGCAGCUCAACUUCCUCGCCUUCGCGUCCGACGCCGGGAAGCUCUUCGGCUGGUUCUCCGGGGUGGCGGCGCUGCACGUGCCCCUCUGGCUCGUUGCCUUCGUGGGCGCCGCGUUCGGCCUCGUCGGCUACGGCGUCCAAUACCUUUUCUUGGACAGCUCCGGCCUCAAGUUCUGGCACCUGUUCCUGCUCACCGCCCUCGCCGGGAACGGCAUCUGCUGGAUCAACACCGUCUGCUACCUGCUCUGCAUCAAGAACUUCGCGUCCAGGAGCCGCGUCGCGGUGAGCCUCGCCACCAGCUACCUCGGCCUGAGCGCCAAGGUGUACACGAGCCUGGCCGAGACGAUGCCGUGGCUGGCCAACUCCAAGGCAAAGACGUACCUGCUCCUCAAUGCCGUCGUGCCGAUGCUCGUCACCCUGGCCGUGGCGCCGUCGCUCAGGGUGUUCGACCUCAAGAGCGGCUCCAGCACGGACACGGCAUUCCUCGUCAUGUUCGCCAUCACGCUCGCCACCGGCGCCUGCGCCGUGGUCGGCAGCAUCGGAUCCACGUCCAGCGGGCUGUCCUCCGGCGAGCACAUGGUCAGCCUCAGCGUUCUGCUGGCCAUCCCCAUGCUCAUCCCGGCGGCUCUCAAGAUCCGGGAGAGCUUGAACGAGAUAUGGGAGGCGAAGCGGGAGAGCAGGAUCCAUGAUCUCGGCACCGACGAGGCUGUCGUCGUCAUCGAGGUCUUGGAAGUCGAGACCAAGGAAGAAGAGAUCGUCGUAGCGGAGGAGAAGGCCCCCCAAGAGGAGGUCGGGGGCCUCCAGCUGCUCAAGAAACCGGACUUCUGGCUCUACUUCUUCAGCUACAUGUUCAGUGGCACCCUGGGUCUGGUCUUCCUCAACAAUCUGGGGCAGAUUGCCGAGUCGCGAGGUCUCGGGCAGACUUCCACUCUGGUCUCACUGUCGUCUUCGUUUGGUUUCUUCGGUCGCCUUCUUCCUUCCUUCUUGGACUACUACUCUGCAAAAAGUGGCUACUCCAUAUCAAGGACGGGGUCCAUGGCGUCGCUGAUGGCGCCCAUGGCGGGCGCCUUCUUCCUGCUGCUCCACCCGAGCAACUUCUUCCUGUACGCGAGCACGGCCAUCGUCGGCACGUGCACGGGCGCCAUCACGUCGGUGGCGGUGUCGGCGACGAGCGAGCUGUUCGGCACCAAGCACUUCGGCGUGAACCACAACAUCCUGGUGUCCAACAUCCCCGUGGGAUCGCUCUGCUUCGGCUACUUCGCCGCGUUCCUCUACCAGCGGGAGGCCGGGGCGCGUGGGAGCCAGACCUGCAAGGGCGCUAGCUGCUACCAGGAGACCUUCACCGUCUGGGGCAUCACCUGCGUCCUCGGCACGCUGCUCUGCGUCGUCCUCUACCUGCGGUCCCGCUCCAGCAGCUUCGCCGGGAGGCUACCAGUAAGGUUACAGUGCCUUGCAGCCCGCUUAGCUAGCUUUGUGCGUGGUGGUAACAACAGCACCAAAGCCCCAGAAGUUUCUAAUCAGGAGGCUUGACAUAUACAGUCCAUGGUUAACUUAGUGAAUGAUCACACCACACGAAGCAUCGAUCGGUUUGCCUCGAUGUGAUGUAGCUUUUGUUUUCUUGACUGAUCAUCCCAUGGGGGAUACACGGUUCAAGCUGGACGUACUCUGAGUAGUUAUUGUGCAGGUUGAUCACCUUUUUGCUGCAUAUGUAUAUAUGGAUAUAAAGAGUGGUUGAAGAAAAUCAAGCCGGUUUUCAUCUUGGCUUUAAUUU